UUACAUCCCAGGCAAUGCAUUGAAAACCUGUAUUUUUGUUUGGUGAUGCUUAGUCUUUCUGAUUCGAUGAACCAUUUGAACCUCUCUGAGCAGCGACAGCAAUACAUUUGGCAGUUUUCAGGAAACCAUGGGACCUGGUUCGACUACAAGAAGCGGAGAGGAACAGACACCGAAUGUUCAGUCAGCAGUCAGGAGAUUGAAUCAGAAUACCUGCAGAACCAGCAAAGCAGCGUGAUCUUCUACGUUGGUAACAGCAAGUACAAACUGGACUUCUCAGCCAUGAUUCAGACAAAUCUCUCAACUGGUACCACACGGACUGUCCGUCGAAUUCCCUUCUCUCCGUAAAGUGCCGCGGAACGAGGUGAACUGUAUCCAGUUGCUGGUCCUUGGUGCUGCUGUGGGAAAACAAAUCAAAGAUAGUUCACAGCAGUAAUCGAUAAACCAACUCUGAGCAAUGAACGCACUGGUCUCCGGUUCCCUGUACCGCCAACUCUGCAGUUAAAUGAUGGAUCUGCCAAUUAUUUCACAACUCAUUCAGCCACCAAGUUUGUAGCACUGCCUUCACUGACCUGUACAAUAAGCAAUAUUUUAAAAGAGAAAUAUGAGAAAUCUAGCUAAGAAUAUUUGGGUUGUGACUUUAUAUGGAGACUGUAUCUGUCCCUUGGGUGAAUGUAGAAGAUUAAACAAUGGGGUGAGAAAUACACAUUUUGUUGAAAACCUUUUUUUCACCCAGAGGCUGGUGAGAAUCUAGAACUCACUGCCUGUAAGAGUAGGAGAGGCAGACACCCUCAUAAUAUUUAGGAAGUAUUUAGAUGUUCACUUGCAAUGCCAAAAUAUACUGGGCUGUGGGUUGCAAAAUGGGAUUAGAAUAGUUAGGUGUAAAUAAGUUUUAAAAGGCUGGCAUCUUACCACCAAUCACCCUUUAUUCACAAAUGCAUAGCUUUUGACAGUGCCUGACAUUCAUCGUUUUAUGUCAGCCAGGGCUCCCUGAUUGGACCAGGUUAAUAGCCCAUAACAGGGAACUCAUUUUCCAUGAGGUCCACCUGGCUUACCUUCUUAUAGUCACUACAAGGUGGUAGUUAUUGACUAGCACAGACUCGAUGGCCUGAAGGGCCUCUUUCAGUGCUGUAGACUACACUUGUGUGCAAAUUGUGCGCAAUUCCUACAUUACAACAGUGACUACUCUUCCUUUAACCUCUGUAAACCAUUUGGGGAAUCCUGAGGCUGUGAAAGGAUAAAUGCAAUUCCUUUCUUCCAACUCAUUUUUUAAGCUGCCCCUUUGCAGAACGUUGUUGAGACUUACGUUUACACCAGUCCACUAUAAAGGAAAUCAAAUUACUUUUACAGUGAGCAUUUAUCCAGUGUUAAUGUUUGCAGUAGUGAAGAAGGGUUAUUGUGCCCUAAACGUUAUAUAGAACAUAGAACAUUACAGCACAGGAACAGGCCAUUUGGCCCACCAUGUCCGUGCUGACCAUGCUGUCAUUCUAAACUAACCUGCCUGUAUGUGGCCCGCAUCUCACUCUUUCCUGCCUGUUCAUGUGUCUGUCUGUCUAAAUGUCUUUUAAAAGCUCUGCUUUCUCUUCACUCAUGCUGCCAGAUCUGCUGAGUUUCUCCAGCAUCUGCAGUAUUUUGUUUUAUAGAAAUGUUUAUUGUCUGAUUGAAAUCUGGGCUGCUGAUUCAUUUAAAGAAUGUCCUGGAGUCAAUUCAAUAUCAGCCAAACUGGUAAAUUUCCUUCCCUGAAAGGCAUCUGCGAACCAAGUGUGUUUUCACACUGUUGUGAUCUUUUUUCCCUACCAAUUAUCGAUUUCCAAAUGUUUCUGACCAGUGUGUCCCAAAGUGGGGUUUGGGACCCCAGGUGAGGUUUGGGGGUUGGAGCUGAGACAGCAAUAGAGUUCUGACCAGGUUAUAACAGCUGGGUUCCUGCUCUCUCAACCCCCACCCCACUCCUCUUACCCCACUCUUGCAACACAUCUGAGGGGUUGCAACAGUUUUUAAAGCCUUUAUGUGGGAUCACAGUGGGAGAAAGUUUGAGGAGCGCUGUUUUAAACUAACUUCAGCUUCACAAACUGUGGUGGAGGAGCUAUUAAGCCUGAUUAUUAGGCCUACCCUUUCUGUGUUUGGUGCAGUAGCUUAAUUUCUGUCCUACUCUAUCCUGCUACUGUUGCCCUGAGAUCACGAUGGGGUUAGUGGUAGAAUGGCCGAUAGAUUAGAUAAAGGCUCUGGCUGUGUUUCCAAUGACUGCAAUCUGCAGAAUCCACAAAGAGCUGAGAGCAAACUGCCAUCAUUCUGGUUGGUGGAGAGCAGCUGAUGAUGGUGCUGCCUGGGUGUAAAGCCUCGAAGAUAGAAUGGAGAGAGUUCAUUCUCUCCCACUCCCUGUGCGGAUUCCCAAUCUCAUGCUAGCCAUUACUCCCAGGCUCAAGGAGGCCUUGCUCCUGGUGCAGGCCUCUUCCCUACUCCCAGAUUCCCACUACCUGCUCCCGCUGGAGGUCCAGCCAACCCUUCACCCCCUCCCACUUCCCAGUCCCUCGUCAGUAGCAUAUCCACUGGUGAUGACUGUUCAGAGAAGAAAUUAAAUAGUUAGGUCGGUGUUUUUGACCAGUGCAAACUCAGUGGCCCGCGAGGCCUUUUACUGUACUGUAGACAAUAGGACUGUCCCCCAUUGGAGAGAGAGUCGCAACUUGUGGUGGUUUAACCUGAGAGUCACCAUGCCUCAAAUGAGGGCAGAGGUUGAGAAGGAGAGUCCCUCAUAUUAACCUCAGCCGGGGUGGGAAUUGAACUCAUUUUCCAUCUUUAUGACUAUAUGACACACUGGUCUCCAGACCUUUGAUGCUAAUGUAAGUCACAUUCAUCUCUGGCUCUCUCCAAGUUAUAGUAAUGAUAACGGACUCUCUGGAAAUAUCUGACAGUUUGCUGCCUGUGGUGCUAAAAGAUCAUGUAUUUGCAUUCUCUUGAAUGUUGGUGGUGUUUUGUAUCUGAAUAAACUUGAAAUAAGGUCAA